AUGAGCGCAUCAUCGUCCAGAAGCCUGCGUCUCAGCUUCAAGGGUGACAAGCCCGCGAAGCGCAAGCGGCGGCGUGACGAGGGCGACCGCGGGGAGGGAUCGUCGCGAAAACGCAAGGAAGCCGACGUGUCGGAUGUCGAGGAUGUGGGCGGCGACGAGCAGGCGUGGGUGCUGGCCGAGACGCUGCAGGACCUCACAGGUCCCUGCUUCAUCAUGCACCAAUCCGAGUGGACCGGCGACACGCACUGCGUAGCCGUCGAGCCAAAUCGCCAGCGGAUCGAGGCGGGCCUGGUCGUGCCCAGCACCGACGCGGCGUUGGUUCGAGCCAAGGAGGAACUUGCCGCGGCCAACCCGGACCCGCGCAUCGCCAUCAUGGCGCAAGCGAUGGCGGAGCAUCCGGACAAGUUCCCGCCCGAACCCGGACAGCCUUCUGGUAUGGCGCCCAUCUCAACCCCUAUCGUUGGCGAUCCCACGCUCCUCCCCACCUCGGUGCACCACGUGUGGGUGGUCAACCAGAUCCGCCAGCGCGGUGCCGACGAAGCGCUGUGCACGUUCAAGAGCGCCCAAGGCAGGUUUCUCGGCGCCGAGAGGUCCGGUGGCGUGCGCGCGGAUCAGGAAGCUAGAGGCCCGCAGGAGUUGUGGGAAGUCGGACGUGCAAGUGGCGGCUUCUGGACCAUUUACUCCACCACUCACCACGGCUAUCUUGGGUUCGACAACGAUGCCGAGGGCAAACGAGUCGUCCGAAGCGACCGCCACGACAACCACUUUGAAGCGAACCUAGUCAUCAAGGUGCAGUGGAAGCAUCGACACGCUGCACGCCAUCCCGUCGACCCCAACGCCGCAGUGCGAGUCCAGACAAACGACCCGACAGCAGUCCUGCCAGGCACGCGCGAUCAGACGGUGGCUCGCGAAGUCGAAACCUUCCGUUCCCGUGCCGGCUCCCAAUACGUCCCCGCCAACUACGGCAGCAGCCUCUCCAAGGAGGAGCGCCGAGCACUGCGCAAAGCCGAGAAAGAAGGCAGACUCGCCGAGGAGAUGCUCGACCGACGAAGUAAGCUCAAGAGCGACAAGUACGCAUGA